AUGCCUAAUCAAAAUGGCGAAACGGUGAUGCAUUUUGCAUCUGCAGGAGGCCAAAUUAACACCAUCAAGUAUCUCUUGUCUAAUAAUGUCGGCUUGAAUAUCAACGAAACUGCCUCCAUGGGCUGGACACCGUUGCUGAGGGCACUAGUAGUUACAGUGCCCAGUCUUGCAGGACUAUCACUAUUAGGAAAGAUCGAGGCAGCUCAGCUAUUUCUAGCCCAGGGUGCCGAUCCUUCUACAAGUGCGCACGAUGGUUGGACACCGCUCCAUUGCUUGCUAUGA